UACCGUCUACCGUAGUAUUUUAUCAGCCAGUUUUAUGUUCCCAUCCUGCGUGUUCGUUUUCAAUGUUGUCGUUCUUGCGAAUUAUGAUUUUUUGUGCUUAAAUUUAUCUAUUAGUGGUUUUUGAACAUAAUUUAUUAUAGUAUUUACGUAUGUUAGUACGUGUACGAUAUAAUUCUAGACUUUAGUGAUACUGUUAAAAUAUCUACUAUGGUUAUUAAACCAUAAUUUUAUUUUAAAUUAUGUUCGGGACGUGAAUUAGAUACUAAAUUCUGUGUGUGUACUACUUAAAAAUAAAAUAAAUAUAUAUUUUACGAAUAGACAAGCUAAAAAGAGUAUGUCAUUCAUGAUGGUUGACCGACUGCCUGUUCCUAAACUAUCUACAUAUAUUUCGGCUACUGUGUUAUCCAUUUCUGCAGCUACCUAUUAUUCAGUUAAAUACAGCUUUGAUGCAUCUCAUGAAUCAAAUUCUAAUAUCCAGAUUGAUGCAGAUCCUACAAAAACCGAUCCAAUGGAUGUAUAUUAUGAACAAAUGCUUAAUGUUUUGGCAUUUAUGUUGCAAGAUCCUUUAUGCUUUUUGGUUCUUUGUAAUGGUGCAAUAUGUAGCAUAGUGAUGAUAGGUGCUGUUAUACAGUCACUUGUUCUUGGUAACUUAAGACCAGUAGAACACGUACAAUUUCGCGAACGUCUAUGGAACUGGGUUAUUUAUAAGUUCAUUUUUAUGUUUAUAAUCCUUAAAGCUUAUACAUUGGAUAAAGUAGCGCUUUGGCUAUUUUGGUAUUCUACCCUAGGAUUUCUUCAUUUGAUGACCAGUUUGUGUAAGGAUCGAUUUGAAUAUAUGUGGAUGUCUAUGGGUACUGGAACUAGAGUGAACUGGAAAUAUAUUCAUAUGUCCAUACUUUUAUCUAUCGGAUUUAUAUUUUCUCUAUUGCUGUUAAAUUUUGCAUACCUUGUUGGUCUUACUUUAUCGAAACAUAUAUUUGCUUUUAUGGUCAUCGAGUGUCUGAUGUUGGCUGGAAGUAUUGUCCAUAUAUUUCUUCGACAUUAUAUUCAACUUUUUCAUCGUAAUUCUAUAAACCAUACAACUAGUCCUGGUAAAUUGAUUUACUAUGCUGAGUUAAGUUUGGAUCUUGGUAUACGUGUGAUGGAGAUCCUUCAUUAUUCUCAUGCUAUUAUAUGGACUAGUUCAUAUUUAACAAUGGCUGGUUUUGUAAUAUUUAUGCAUAUGAGACAAUUGAUCAGUGAUAUUCAAAAACGACUACAAAAACAUAAAAAUUUUCUUUGGGUUCAUUCUCAUCUAGAAAAAAAUUAUCCUAUGGCAACUGAUGAAGAAUUAGAUACAAAUUCUGAUAACUGUGCUAUAUGCUGGGAAAAAAUGGAUUCAGCAAGAAAAUUGCCUUGUGGUCAUCUAUUUCAUAAUGGAUGUUUACAAUCCUGGAUGGAACAAGAACCAUCAUGUCCAACGUGCAGAUUGUCAUUAACAUUAGGUCAAAAUCAAAAUAUGCCAACAAAUUCAACAAAUAAUGGUGGUCAAGAGCCUUUGGGUACUACUCACAUUCCUCAUCAUUUUUUCCACUUCGAUGGAUCUAGAUAUUUGUCAUGGUUACCCAGUUUUUCUGUUGAAGUAACACAUUCUCUAAGACCUACAAGUCAAAUACACACUUCACAAAUAGAAACAAUGGCUCGACAGGUUCUACAAUUAUUUCCACACUUUACUAUGCAUUCAAUUAUUGAAGAUUUAUCUACUACUCGUUCUGUUGAUUUAACUAUUGAUAACAUAUUAGAAGGCAGACUAGUAGCACCUCAACAAUUUAUUGAAGAGGAACCUGUUAUUGUUGAAAAUGUACCGAUUGUUAACAACGUCGAACAAUUUAUCAAUGCACCUACUCCUGCUAACUUUAACACAAAUACUAGUGAACCCGCCAUAGAUGGACUUAUGAGUAUGGGAAGCCAGUUUUCCAAGUCGCCCAAUGAAAGAGAAAAUAUGUUAAGAGCUCGAAAACAAGCAAUGAUUAUGAAGGCAAGGCAGAGGUACAUGAGCAAAGACGGAGACAGUUCAUCAAAAACUGACUAAUUAUGACAUUGUAAAGGCACAUACACACUCGCACACAUACACUCACACAAAAGAAAGCUAAGACUGUGAUUAGAAACCCAUUAUUUGAUUUUAAUUUAAGGAUAUAAAAUAAUACACAUAAGGUUCAGGAUCUUAAUGUCCAAAAUUCCAAUCUACAUAAAUGUCCUCUUAAGUAUAUCUAAAAUAAUAAAAAUAUAAUAACUAUUAGAAGAAAAUCGAUAUCUAGACAAUUUAAAAUUGUCAUCGCUUAUCCUAUCUUUUGGAGUACAUCUACUCUACUCAUAACAUUAAUGAGUUCUAUAUGUUUGGAAAAUACUAGAUCAUUGUUAAAUUUUACAAUAUACACCUUAAAAAUAACUAAAAAUAAUUUUUUUUAGUGGAUUCUGCACACAUUUAUAAACUAUAACUGUCAAUUGAUGAGAUUUAGAUCCUUUAUUGACUAGAUUUAUACUUGGGUUAUUUUAUUAUAAUAUUUAUUCAAGCGGACAUCUUUGAUUUUUGGACUUUUGGUAUAGGUAAAGUUUAUCCAUUUACUUACCUAUUUGGAUAUUUUUAACCUAAAACUAAAUGUAAAGCUAAUUUCUAAAAAAUAUUAAGUUUGAAGAUUGGCUUUCUGGCUCUGACUUUAUGAAUGUAAUAUGUCCCAUAUUUGACUAUUCAUUGGGAAUAUUAUUGUAUGCUUUUACUACUUCAUUUGUGAUUUAAGUCCCACCUGAAAUUAUUUUACAAUAAAAAUAUUUUCAAUGGGGUAAAAUAUUUGUUAAAUUUAUUAUUGUUGCAUUUAUCAAUUAAAAAUGGGAAAAUUAAAAUUUUAAUUUUAAUAAUGGAUAUAAAAACAUUGUAAAAUUGCUCAGUUUAAUUUUUAGUUUCAACAAAAAUAUUAUCGUUAUGUCGAUUAAUUUAAUGGGCCAAUUAUAAAUGUAUAGGGUUUUGAAGUUAACUAUUUACAACUGUUAACAAUUUCAAGUUUAAGAUUGAAUGAUUUCUACUAUAAAAUGUAAUAGUUACUGUUAUCAAUAAUUAGGCUUUGGUCUUACACAUUUAUAUAAUAUAUAUUUAUACAGUGUUAAUUUAAUUUGUUUUUUAUAAGCAGAGUAUUUGUCACAAUAUUUAAAAGAUAUAAAUAGUAAACUAGAUUUCAUAUAUGGAUUUAGGUUUAUUUUUAAAUGUAUAGAUUGAAAAGCACUACAAAUAUUUAGGCGCUCUAUAAUAAAAAAAGUAUAUUUUGACUAUUUGAAAAUUUUACAGAACUAAUACGAAAAACAAAUAUUAUAUGUUCUCGUAUUAAAUAUAUUUUUAAUAUAUUCAUAAAAAACCUUAAGAAGCCCAUGAUUAUAGUUAAUUUCAUUUACACAAGAAAACAUUGUGAUGAUGCAAACUUUUUUAGAACAUUAAAUAAGUGAACACUUCUCAAAUAAUUUUUUCAUUACAUGGUAUAAAUAUAUGAGUCUUUUAUUUCUUAUUCAUACAUUUAUAACAUAUAUAUAUAUGUACAUUUAUUUUUAUUAAUAAAUUGUAAUUAAAUUAAAGGUAUUAUAUAAAGCCAAGAACUGUCAUGUAAAUUAAUGUAAUGUAUAUUUAAAACAUAUUAUAUUUUUUUGUGAUAAACCUUAUUAGAAGAUAUUGCACUUAUUAUCACCUCUAUAUUUAAUUAAAAUUAUUUUAUGUACUUAAGUAAUUUUAUUGACAGAAUUGUGUUAAUACUCAGAUCCUAGUCAAAUUGUAAGUC